AUGGGCACGGUCGGCUUCUCUCCCACGCGUACCUUGGAAGUGGAAGAGCUGGGUGCUGUGGGUGGUGGUGAUUGGGUAGAGGUGGACGCUGCCCUGUCCUUGGCUGCCUUAGAGUCUUGGGCGAGAGAAGAGCUCCAACAGGCCGCAGGCGCCCAGGUGCGCUUCGUCAGUGUCGCCUCGACGGUGGGGACGCCUUUGGAGCCCUACACGCUUCACGUGCCCGGCGAUUUGGAGGUCGACUACAAGCGGCUACCUGUCCGGAUCCUGAAGAUCUGGCACUUCUUGGGGCAGUUCGAUCACUGUGACUGGAUCAUGAAGGCAGAUUCCGACACCUACGUGAACUUGCGCGCGGUGGCGGAUCGGCUGAGCUGCUUCGACGGGCGCGAGGAGCACUUCUUGGGUGUGGUGCACGCGAUCGUGCCACCGCGACACCUGCGCGAGAUGUGGGCUGCGCUCUACUUCGGACAUGGCGGCUCAGGCUACGUGGUGAGCCGGGGGCUUCUGCCGAAGGUGGCCAACUGUGCGCCCGCCUGUUUGGAAGACAUGCUGGAGAUGACCAGGGGCGAUGCCAUGGAGGACGUGAUUUUUGCGCUCUGCCUGCAGCGGCAGCUGCAGAUCGAGGUGCAAAGCUAUGGCUUUUUGCGUCCGGCUGCGACGUCCAGCGACGUCGUCGAGCACUUCGCCGCGCAGGAGUUCGUGGUGAACUUCCACCAAGCGCGCGAUGAGCUGCUGGACGAGGAGCGCCGUCCGGGGGAGCCGCUGAAGCGCUUCCAGCAUUGGGAUGCACAGCCGCCGGCGCUCCAUGGAUGUCUUUUGGUGGCACAUCCCGUGGAGAAUGAGACCGACCUCCUCAAGGCAGACCCGAAGUCGUCGGAUCCACACCGACUUUGGGUCAGGUCCACCUUCCGAGACCAGCAGGUGAUUCUGUUGGUUCGUGACCCGGAUGAGGUGCACGCCCUGGUGGAACGAGACGCCCUGGCACAGCACCUGCGGCUCAAUGACCCGUGGUUUUACGGGCGGGAGGAAAAGGCGAGGCCCGGGAGUGGGGGCCAGACGCAGUGCCUUUCCGUUGGCCAGUUCGGGACUGUUCUUGCGGUCCUUGGAAGGUGGAAGAUCCUCUGA